CUAGAUGUACCUCCUCUGAUAUCCAUGGCUUGGUCAUUUGUUGGACAUGGCCUGUGACGAAAUUGCGGUAGGAUUACCCAGUGGCAAUACGGACAGGAAUAUCUCUCUUCAACGUCUCUCCCUCCCCAAUUUCUACAAGUCAGUGUGAGUUCAUUGUAUCGUGUUACUACACUGCUGGUGCUUCACAUCUUCACGACAUCGUCAAGCGCGUCGGAACGGGUGAACAUUUGAGCAAUAGAAGUUGUUGCCGAAUUUGAGUCUGGUUUGAGGGUUUCUUCGGGUCCGUCGCCACUAUGACGGGUAUGGUAUCAAAUUGCCUCCCAGGGAUUGUAAGUGCAUCAGGGAUCUCAACCUGCGCCAAUGGCUUGUCCGACACAGCGUGUACGUCUGCUUUGGGUUUCAGAAACAGCAGGUUUUCGGGUACGAACCUGGCAGUGAACGGAGGCAUCAAGCGUGGUUUCUCGAGGUUGCAGUGUGUAGCUUCUCUCAGUGCUCCGAGGGCGAAGGAUUUGCUAGCUGAGGCAGAGGAGCGUUGGCAGCGAGCUUUGGAUAGUCCUCUAGAGGGUGUUCCUUUCACUUACGAGGAAUUUGCAGAUGCUCUUUCCAAAUACGAUUUUAGUUUUGAGAUUGGUGACCUGGUGAGAGGUGUCGUGUUCAAAACUGAUUUCAAUGGCGCACUCAUCGAUAUUGGCGCGAAGGCAUCAGCAUAUCUGCCCCUCUCGGAGUCCUGUAUCCACAAGGUGAAGAAUGUUGAAGAAGUUGGUCUCCAUCCAGGUACUGAGGAAGAGUUCAUGAUUGUCCAAGAAGACGAUGACAAUGGUCGCGUUAUUGUGAGUCUACGAAAGUUGCAGUAUGAUAUAUCCUGGGAGCGCUGCAGACAACUACAAGCAGAUGACUGUCCCGUGAGGGGCAAAGUUCUCUCUGCCAAUCGGGGUGGGCUCGUAGUCCGAGUGGAGGGUCUCAGAGGAUUUGUGCCAUUCUCUCAAAUCUAUUCCGGAAUGAAUCAGGAAGAUAUGGUAGAUAAAGAGCUACCUCUCAAGUUCAUCGAGGUAGAUGAGGAAAGAACAAGGCUCGUCUUGAGUAACCGGAAGGCUUUGGCUGCAACUCAGUUGGGUGUCGGAAUUGGUUCUGUUGUUGUCGGGACAGUUCAAUCUGUGAAGCCCUAUGGGGCUUUUGUGGAUAUAGGCGGAACCAGUGGAUUGUUGCACAUCAGUCAGAUUAGUCACGACCGUAUCACCACCGUUGAAAAUGUUCUUCAACCUGGUGAUAAGUUGAAGGUAAUGAUAUUGAGUCAGGACCGAGACAGGGGAAGAAUAAGUCUAUCUACCAAGAAGUUGGAGCCAACACCUGGUGACAUGCUGAGAAACCCAGCGCUCGUUUAUGAAAAGGCUGAUGAAAUGGCUAAGACAUUUCGCCAAAGAGUAGCUCAAGCCGAGGCGGCAGCCCGGGCCGAAGAAUUGCGAUUGCAGAAGGAGGGUGGUUUUGGCCUCAGAGAUCUAGCAGCCCCAGCCGUGGAUGCGCUUGGCUUGAAUGAGCUCGACCUGGAUGACAUCCCUCCAGCUGAGGAGGAUUAAGUGUACAGUUACUAGUAGAGGCGUAUGAAUAUCAGUUGAUUAAACGCAUGAUCAGGUUCAAGUCCUAUUUAGGCCACGGUGUUGGAUUUGGUAGGCGACGUUGAGAGUUAAAUAGGUGCCGUUGCCUAUUAUUCCUGUAACUUAUUUUUUUAAGCAAUUUUACGGAAACUUGAGAACUUUACUGGUGAGAAGUAUGUGAUUCGUUCAUUUGGUGGGGGCGUAGAAUGCUACCAUAUUUCAGUAGAUGUUAGUCUUAACAUUUAUACAGUGACAAUCCGAAGUCGAUUAGCGGUUGAGUACCCCAUUCUUGUCGAAGGUGAGGACAUUAUAUUGAGAAGGGAAAGAAACAGC